AUGCCGCGCUUUGGUGCAAUUUUGAUACUCGGCCUUCUUCUUGAAACCGCGGAUUCUCAAUCAAUUCGCUCAAUUAAUGCGGUGGUUUUUAACGUUGGUCGGAAUCACACAACAAUUCCUUUUCCGACAUCUACAACUCCUUUUCCGGCGGGACCAGACGGUCAGGUUUGCUGGGAUAGCAAACCAUGCAAACCGGGGCUACUUUUGCCUAUAUGGGAACCGCAGGCAAGUUGCGAUGUGAACAAAAGGAUUGUGAUUUUAGAUUGGCAUUUCUAUGGGAACCCGCCUAUUUCGAGCAUUUGUUUACUUUGUCGCUUUAGCGUACCUGUUUUAUGGUGUCUCAAUUGUAUCCGACAGGUAUGUCUGCGCAUUAAAACUUGUCAGUCCUUCCGCUUUUGCACAGCAUCCUUCCGCUUUUGCACUGGCGUAACAAAGGCAUCUUAUGCGAGAAUCUAUUUAGGUUCAUGGCAGCAAUCGAAGUGAUAACCUCGCAAGAAAAAGCUGUCAAAAUCAAAAAACCGAACGGGCAGGAGACGCACGUGCUGGUCCGUGUAUGGAACGAGACAGUCUCUAAUUUAACCCUCAUGGCUCUUGGAUCCUCGGCUCCAGAAAUUCUUUUAAGUGUCAUCGAGAUUUUUGGCAACGGCUUCGAAGCGGGUGAUUUGGGUCCAUCAACUAUUGUUGGGUCAGCUGCAUUUAAUCUAUUUAUUAUCAUCGUCGUUUGCAUUCUGGCGGUUCCUUCUGAUGAAAUACGAAAGGUCCAUCGGAUUGACGUCUUUUGGGUAACUGUGGCAUGGUCAACCUUUGCCUAUAUUUGGUUGUUUGCCAUUAUCUCAGUGUUUUCUCCUGGCGUAAUAGAGGUAGCCGAACUCUAUCUCCUUGUUCAUUUAUGGCGUUUUAGAUUUGGGAGGCGGUGGUCACGUUUUUGUGUUUCCCAUUGACUGUCAUAACAGCUUUCAUUUGUAAUAAACACGCGCACUCAAUGGGUCAACGAUUCCUGAAAGGCAACAUCACCACGUUCGUUAGAAAUCGCCCCUCAAGACUCGCAACUGCAGACAAAACAAACGGACUCGUGAACGGAAGCGACGUAGAGUAGGCUGAUUUAUUGGUAUAUAAUAAUGUGUAGAACAUGCAAGUAAUAAGUCACAAUCGAACAUCUUUAGGAAAGCACUUCUUGGGUCCUCAACUAAUGAUGCCGACGUGGUUGCUUUUGAGGACCACAGGAAACAAUAUCUGGAGAUGUUCCGGCGCUUGCGGUCUGAAAACCCGGACCUUUCGAUUGAAGAGCUUGAAAGGCUGGCCACUGAGAGUGUGGUUAAUGCCCAACCAAAGUCCCGCGCCUUCUACAGAAUUCAAGCAACUCAUAAAAUGAUGGGCGCCGGAGACCUAACGAAGAAACUACGCAAAAAGUCCAACGAGCCGGAUGCGCCACCUUUUCUGCCACAGAAACCAAAAAUGGUGACUGUUGAAUUCGACCCGGUCAGCUACAUGUGCUUGGAAAAUAUCGGCGAUGUUGAGGUCAAGGUGCGCGUCGACCGAGGAUCCUUUAGCGUACCAAUUGUGGUGCUGGUCGAUUAUUAUACAGUCGCUGAUACGGCUCAGGAAUUUGAAGAUUUUAUGCCGAUAAAGGGUUCUCUCAGAUUUGAGCCUGGUGAAACCGUGUAAGUCAAACUUGGUUUGUUGUGUUUUUUGCAACAUAAAGCCGGCGCACUUUGCGAAACUAGCAGGGCCCUCGUCUAUCAGUGUAUUCAAACAAACCAUUUUCAGAAAAACUCUAUCCAUUCCAAUUGUUGACAAUGAUGUCUAUGAAGAUGACGAACAAUUCUACGUUCAAUUGCGAAAUGUGAGGGCUCAGUUUGAAUCCAACGAAGAUCAAAAAGUACCAUCGAAGAUCAAAACCACUACCGCUACGGUCUUGAUUGUUGAUGACGACCACGGCGGAGCAUUUUCCUUCGAGUCAGAGGUUUUUAAGGUCGCGGAAAACGCCGGGGUUUUAAUUUUGGAAGUUAAAAGACACAGAGGAGCCAGAGGUGCGGUUUCUGUCCCUUUUCGUACAAUUGACGGUGCCGCCAAGGAUGGAAAGGACUACAUUGGGCAGGUCGGCGAACUCAGAUUCCAAGACGGACAAACUAAGUAAGCCGAUUAAAUCAACUACGUUCCUUAAAACUAUCCUGUUGGUGUGCCGUAUGUGUAGAGUGGGAAUAGAGAAACGUUUUUUUGAAUUUGUUAACAAUGGAAAUGUUUGAAGCAAAUUCUACGGACUGUAUGGGGCGAGAAUUAUCAAUGUCGGAAAGUCUUAGCUCGCGUUUUGCAGGUGCAGCUAGAUGCUGGGUAUUCAAGCAUUUUAGUGGGAUACGAGCAAUGAGUGCGGUCAGAGAUGAAAACACUUUUCGGCCAUAUCUUUUUCAGUUUCAUUGAAAAAAUUGAUUUUUUGUAAAAACUUUCUUCGCUACAGCAAAAAUAGGUAUGAAAACUUUCAUUCCACAUGUCGCCAAAACGUGCCACAUUUUGCCAACCUUCGGCCUAGAAAUCUCGGCCGUAUUUGCAAAGCGCGAGCUAGAAAGCCUGUACGUCUUUGAAAAAUUAAAUAAAUUUUUUAAUUUGUCAAGUUUCCUCAAAAUCUUGGCGUUGCACUUGCACUACUUUACUAGUAAAUGUAUUCUGUAGGGCUGAAAUCGAAAUUGAAAUAAUCAACGAUGACGAAUACGAAAAAACUGAAGACUUCUAUGUAGAACUGGAAGCCCCGAUUUGGCAUGCCAAGAAUCAAGAUGGACAGGACGGUGCUGACGGCCGCCCGAUUCUUGGUGCUCACACCCGAUGCAAAGUCUUGAUAACGGAAGAUAAAGAAUUCAAGGUAAAAAAUAUAUUGAUACGUACUUGACAAAACAUUUGUAGAGCUUUGUCGACAAGAUGCUGACCAAUGCUAAUACAUUGGCAAUGGUUGGAUCAAGUUCUUGGGAACAACAAUUUGCCGACGCCAUGGAAGUUGAGGACCUGGAUGGAGAUGGCUCACUGAGCAAACGUGAGGUCAUUUUGCAUUACCUUUCGUUGCCCUGGAAACUUCUGUUUGCACUUAUACCUCCAACUGACUAUUUCAACGGUAAUUUUUUCAUCGAGCGUAAUACAGAAAGCACACAGGAAAUAGCGCAAUUUAAAAAUUUUCAGGCUGGUUCUGCUUUUUGGUAUCAAUAGUUGCAAUCGGGAUUCUCACCGCAUUUAUUGGCGAUGUUGCGUCGAUGUUUGGUUGUACAAUUGGAUUGAAAGACUCUAUUACCGCUAUUUCCUUGGUUGCGAUGGGGACCAGUCUCCCAGGUACUGUCAACUAAAUGAUAAAUCAAGAUAAACAUGUCAAAAUGAAAGAAUCGUGUUUUCAGAUACGUUUGCUUCUGUUACGUCAGCGAAGAUGGACAAAACGGCCGACUCUUCUAUCGGAAAUGUUACUGGCUCCAACGCCGUUAACGUGUUCCUGGGUAUUGGGAUUGCAUGGUUAUGCGCAGCGGUUUACCACGCCUCCAAAGGAACAGUUUUUCGCGUUGAGGCAGGAGCGUUGGCGUCAAGUGUGACAUUAUUUCUCAUUGGCUCUCUGAUAUGCUUCCUUGCACUGCAGUGGCGACGACAUCACGCACAAGUUCGUGGCGAACUUGGCGGACCGACAAAACAUAAAUAUAUUUCGUUCAUUAUCUUUGUUGGCUGCUGGUUGGCUUAUUUGGUAUUCAGCACAUUAGUAGCAUACUGCGUAAUUCCGGGAUUCUAA